UAUUCACAUAAAAAGUGAACGUUUUCUAUUUCUCCAAUUAGAUGAAAAAUAGUCUGUUUAUUUUGGAAAUACAUUGGAUUAAAGACGUCCACAGUUUGACAGGUUUGUUCUGCCAGGCAAGCCAAUGUGACCUUGAACCCUGUCAGCAUGGCACUUGUGAGUCGAGCACGAGCACCGGGUACACGUGCACAUGCCACGCAGGUUUCUGGGGCGCCACGUGCAGCAUGGACAGUAUCCGGUGUCAGUACACGUUCUGCUCGGGUCACGGGCAAUGUGUUCUUGUGAAUGAGAACAAAACAGAGUGCAUGUGUGACGCGGACUUUACAGGUCCGAACUGUAGACUAGCUGUGAAGCCUGACGAUGAUCUCACGAUCGGUCAGAAGCUUCUGCGGGAGCCGAUCUGGAUUGGCAUGAUCGUCAUCCUGAACAUCGUCUUCCUCUCUUGCGUUUCAUACGUUGUCCGCCGUAAGUGCGGCACGAAAAUCGCUAAAAUGCUCCCAAAAUGUCAGCGGCGACCUGCAAACGAUUCGAAAGAGUCCUCAAAAGGCGAGCCUUCUUCGGCGUACAGUGGUGCGGAGCGAAGCAUGUCGGGUACCAUAGAGACACCAAACGUGUGCACGGGCCGGACGUGGAGCCCCGCUAUCACGAUUUCCAUGUUCGGGAAGGACAGGGACACAUCCGUACCGACCACACCCGUCAUUAACGAGGACAACAAGGACGCUGCCCUUAAAAUGUUCGAGUCUUACAAAGCGCGGCGGGACAGCACCAUCCCCGGGAUCGCCGCUUUAGACGUGCACGAUGAACGUCUCGCGCAAAUUAAGGUGCGCGACAUCACUGCUUGCGGUAUCCAGGGUGGCUCUGUCACCUUAAACCCCGAGGGGAGGAACCUGCCGGAGCGGUUCCACGGAAUGCUGCGGUCCCUUUAUUCCGGGUCCUGA